AUGAGCAACAAUACUCUCGAUGCCAAUGAGCUCGCCAAAGCUCAUGUCCCCGAUGCAUCCAUGCAAGGUACAGCCUUCGAGAGGAAUGCUGGCCGUGGAUCAAUGGAUGUCGGCAAAGUUGAGCCUCUCUACGAAGUGAGAACCCCGGAAACGGAAGAGUACGACGACACGCCUACUGAGGAGGACCUCAAAACUCUGCGCCGUGUCUCUGGCAAGAUCAAGUGGGCCGCUUACACUGUCGCCUUUGCUGAACUAGCGGAACGUUUUUCCUACUACGGAAGCUCCAUCUUGUACACCAACUUUGUGCAAUGGCCUUUGCCUGAAGGCUCAAGAACAGGUGCUGGUGGUCUUCAUGGCCAGCCCGGUGCGCUUGGCAUGGGUCAGAGCGCAGCACAGGGUAUCAGCUUGUUCAACCAGUUCUUUGCAUAUUUCAUGCCCCUGGUAGGAGGUUAUGUGGCCGAUGCACACCUCGGUCGUUACAAGACUAUUCAUAUCGCCAUCGUUAUCGGCAUCGUUGCUCACAUAAUCCUUGUGGCUGCGUCUGCACCCGAAGUCAUCAUCCACAAGACUAGUUCCACUGCCGCAUUCAUCAUCGGUCUUCUCACACUCUGUGUCGGCACUGGUUUCUUUAAAGCAAACAUCUCUCCAUUGCUUGCUGAGCAGAACACUGAUCUUCGGAUGCGUGUCGAGACACUCGCGAGUGGAGAAAGAGUGAUUGUUGACCCAGCCGUAACCAAUUCUAGAAUCUUCCUCUAUUUCUACUUCUGUGUCAACAUCGGCUCCUUGACUGGACAGAUAUCUAUGGUCUACGUCGAGAAGUUCGUGGGCUUCUGGCUCGCUUUUCUCCUCCCAACCAUCCUUUUCGUGGCUGCCCCUAUUGUUCUCUUCUUCAACCGCAAGAAUUAUAUUCUAAGCCCGCCUACUGGUUCUAUCUUGUCUAAGUUCUUCCAUAUGCUUGGCUUCACCUGGAAGAACAAGCAAGGCAAAUUUGAUUGGGAUAUCGCAAAACCGUCCAAUGUCCCUAUCGAGAGACGCCCGAUCUGGAUGACAUAUGACGAUGCUUGGGUGGAAGAAGUCAAGCGUGGUCUUCGUGCUUGCAAGGUCUUCCUCUUCUUGCCUCUAUUUUUCCUCGCGUACAAUCAAAUGACUGGAAAUUUGACCAGUCAGGCCGCUACCCUUCAACUGAACGGUGUCCCAAACGAUAUCAUCCAAAACCUCAAUCCAAUUUCGAUUGUCAUCAUGAUCCCAAUCCUGGAUCACGUCAUCUACCCUGGUUUCCGCAAGAUGGGUUUCGCAUUCACUCCCAUUAAGCGUAUGACAGUCGGGUUCUUUUUCGCUGCAGGAUCUAUGCUCGCCGCCGCAGUGAUGCAGCACUUCAUCUAUGUGAAAUCGCCCUGUAGAACUCAUGCAUCCGACCCUGACUGCAUCGAGGAGUUUGGCAAGGCCGACAUCAACGUUUGGGCCCAAGUUCUGCCAUAUGUCUUCAUCGGUAUUGCCGAAAUCUUCACAAACGUCACCUCUCUCGAGUACGCUUACGCCAAAGCACCUGCCAACAUGAAGUCCAUGGUCAUGUCUAUCAACCUUUUCAUGAGUGCCUUCGCCUCUGCAAUUGGACAGGCAUUCACACCUCUCUCUGAGGACCCUCUCCUUGUCUGGAACUACACAAUCAUCACUGUCCUUGCUUUCCUGGGUGGUGUGGGAUUCUGGUACUGCUUCCACCACUUAGAUGCCGAAGAAGACAAGUUGAACAUGCUUGAGCGUAGCGUCAUGCAGGGCAAGAACACUGUACUUGAACCUAAGGACACUGAAGCCCAGGUCCAACACGUUCACGAACAGAAGAACUGA